UGCUGGUGGUGCCUCAGUCAACGCAGCGACGCCAGUGUCCACCAGCAGCGUCAGUGUGGGUGUUGCUACUGGUGGUGCCUCAGCCAAGGCACCACCGCGAGCUUCAGUGUCCACCAGCCUGGGGGUGAAUAAUGGAGUGCUGCAAAUCUCUUAUCCAGUGUGUGGAGCAAACUGGCUGGCGCAGGAAUAUAACUACCAGUCCGAAGUGGAACCACUCGGGCAGCCAAUUGCAGGUGCGUGUCACUGGACAAGUCUCUUCGCCUUACGUCAUACUAGUUAUUUUCCUUCUUACGCAAAGAACUUACAGUGUACAGGUGGUGCAGGCAGCCACCAGGUUCUCGACGUUGGAAGACAGGCUCAGUUUGUCCAGGACGAACAGUUACACAACUAUCGCCCACUAUCCUUGUCAGGGAUAAGAUAUCAGAUAUUAGUGAUAUCAGUGGUCACUAACGACCAACCUCGCCAAACAACCCCGUGCCAUUCCUCUCCUCUCCCCCCCCCUCCCCGACACUCCUACAUCUGCUCAUUUCAGUCCUGAUUUGAGUUCAGGUAUGUCUCCAAAAAUUUAUUCUACUGUUGGUGAACAUGUAAAGAUAAAUUUAUUUGGAUUAGUAACGAGGAGAUUAAUAGGCUACGACAAUUAGGUCUAAAAUUUUGGUUUGUUGCCACUUAAGUCAUGGCAACCUCUUGAGCUGCUAAUUCGGGAAAUUCAAAAUGUAUACAAAACAUAAAAACCCCAAUUGGGGUAAUCAGAUUGGACAUGGGUGAAGUAUCGGAGAAUAAUCUUUAAGCCUGGUUCCACUUUAAGUUACACGCUAAAGAAUAAAUUUAAUUCUCUAUUGGGCAGAAAUAACUAUGCAGAUGUAAACAGGAGUAAAUGUUAUUUUCAUGAAUUAACUCUGCUUGUAACAACGGAGAUUGGUUGACAAAAUUACUGGUAGUUUGUGUACCUGUGAAGACCUUUAUGAAUGUAGACAAAUUACUUUAUAUAUUACAUCCCGAAUCGUUGAAAUUUAAGUGACCUGUCUUGCUGACAGGUCAGCAAGUCAUGCACGAGCCACGUGGUCUCACGCGAAGCAUAACUUGGACGGGUUGGCUGCACAAGUGGUACUAUCAUAAUUGAAAGAAUAUUUAAGGAAAAUCUAUCUGGUACCCUUGAUGUCCACUCUGGCAGUCCGUGUUGACACGGGUAACUCGGGACUCCAAGGUCCGUCUCACAUGUGACCCUUAGUGAAAACUUGAGAUUGUCUUGCAGGAAACUCUUAACUGCGUGCACAAAUUAGGAAGGACUCUUACUUGGUUGUAGAGUAUGCUAGCUAGAAAUCCCCUGAUUCUACCAAGCAGUCUAGACUUCUAUGACCUUUGGAAAUUUCUAUGCAUAGUGCCCCUUUGCAAGCUGCAAAUGCUGCAGAUGCAGAUGCCUCGAGUUGAUUCUCCUAGGCCAGUAGUUCCCAAACUUUUUCAGCUUGUUACCCAAUUUAACAUGCCACAUAAAGCAUGUUACCCCUUUCACAAAAUGUUGUUAUUGAUAUAUAUGGCUAAAUUAAAACACUAGAGAUAUUUUCUUUUAUUUAUUGUAUUUGAACAUUGUGCAUCUCUAAUGACUAUUACCAAAGAGGUCAAGAACAUCAG